UAGAAAUACCACCUUUCUAUCCAACAUUUGGUAUGGCUUAUGCCAUUAAAACCAAUAUACAAGCACAACCAAAUAUUACACAAUCAAUAUUUACUUCAACUUCUGAUUCUAUUCCAACCCUUCAUGAGUUUUUUGAAAAAUUAAAUGAAGUUUAUAAUGAUAGUGAUAACAAUUAUUUAAAAUUAGAAAUGGCAUUUGUAAAAAAGAAAUUAACUGUAAAUGCUAUUAAGGAUUUAAAUGAUGAAUAUUUAAGAGAAUUAGAG